GUUGAAAAGCUCAUCUCUAGACACAAAGUGAUGGUUUUCAGCAAGUCUUAUUGUGGGCACAGCCGAGCCGCAAAGACGCUGCUCAAGCAGCAAGGCAUUCAGCACACAGUUGUCGAAUUGGACCAGCAUCCAAAUGGUGCAAUGAUGCAGAAGUAUCUUGGUGCCAAAACAAAACAGCACACCGUGCCGCAAACCUUCAAGAAGGGUCGUUUCAUUGGCGGCAACUCGGACUUGCAGAGACACAUGGAGGUCGGGAAGCUCAAGAAGAUUCUG